AUGUCGUUCAAUAGCUAUCAUCGAAGGGGGUCUCGCUCAGCAGCACAAGCUACACUUGCUAAACGACAUUAUAGUGACUUUGAAGACCCUUUCGCUCCAACUUUUAACACCGGUGAUGUUCAAAUUCUUAGCAUCCCUUUGGUAAACGGCAUCGAAGACAUCAGCGAGGACUCAAAGCUAUUUACCAACGAAGUUAGGUCUGAAGAAUAUGCGAUUCUGUCGACUUCCAGCGAAAGAGAUGAAGAUCGAAGUUUACAUGCUGGAAAUGUAAGGUCUGUGCCGCAGGAGCCUCCCUUUACUACAACGGUUGCACCCUCCUUAUAUGUAGCCAGAUCGGCACUAGAGUGCAGUAACGAGCAUAACUUAGUCUCUAAUGCACAAAGAAUCGACGACUGGUGUGUCCAGAGCGACCAUCGCUCGCCAUUACUAAAGAUUCCUGCUAACAGCAGAGUACAGGAAGUGGUGGAGGCUUGGGGCGUUGAAAAUGAAUCGCUUACGGUGCAAAAACAUAAUAACUUUGCGGAAUCGAGACCAGCGGUCAUGUACCCAGAUAACUACACUUCACAUCUCUUAGAGCUUAUGAACCCAGUACAAAAGCUGCGGCUUCUCAGUUUUGCAGAAUCCAUGUUACCUUUUCUAAAAAGGCGACAGGCCCCAGAACUCCGGCCUACAAAGUUCAGAGAUGUUCCUUCAGUCUUUGUAAACAGAGACUUCCAACUACAGUGUGCUCUCAAUUUAGAAAUGAGAACUAGCAACUCCACAUUAGCUAAGCGUGAACGAGGAGAAGAAACCUUCUCAAGUUCGUCGCAAAGCGAAAGCUACAACUCGAUUUCCAGAUCCUCGGGCGGAAUGCAAUCUUGGUAUAGUUGGAACUUGGUUGCCCGAUUAAGUACAGACCAAAUCUCUAAUUUUUAA